UCAUCGAUUCCCAGCUCGCUCUCUCUCUUUCUCUCCGCCCCCCACAGUGCUCCACCGCCCCCCAAGUCCCCAAUCCCGGUGCGUGUGUGUGUGUGUGUGUUUGUUCGGGAUUUCUGGUUCAGGUUCUGAUUGUACGUGCUUGUGUGCGUGUGGUGUGCCUAUGUAUCUGUGCUGUUGCUGCAUCUUCGUCUGCUCAAAAAAAAAAAAUCACGAAUGCAACUGCAACGUUUCAAAAAUCAAAGAAAACCCGGUAGCUGAAACCUCAUUUUGUUGCUCAGUGUUUCAAGUAUUACCAAUUGCAAGCAACAAACAACAAAAAUAUAUUCCAAGAAAACAACAACAAUAGCAAAUGCAGAGCAACUGAAGCGCAAACACACACAAACACAAGCAGUAGGGAUUGUGAAAGCGAGAUAGAAAUAGACUAGGCACAAUUUAUAGCACACACAACAACAAAAGAGAAAAAUAAGGCUAAUUAUAAGAGAAAAGUGUGUUGGCCGGAAUCGAUAAAUAACGGGACUUAAGGAGGCGAUUUGUUUGGAACGAACAGUAAAAAUACACCGAAGAGUAGGAGAAGUAGACGACGAACAACAACAACAACAACAAGCAGCUGUGAAUCAGUCCGUCCCGUUCCCACCCCCGCGCUUCCGCUUCCAGCGCCGGAAAUUCGGAUUUAGAUUCGGAUUUGGCUUGGCUUGGGCUUCCAAUUCGAACUCGCCUUCAACUUCAAUAUAUCCACAUCGAAAUCCGCAAAUUCUCGUUUUCCCACAACAUGAGCCCGCCCAUCGUCACGCGACGGAGCGCGCAGCAGGCGAAGAUACAGACGCGGGCAAUGGCCAGCAAGUCCAAGGCGGGAUCGACGGCUGCGACGGCGGCGGGAGUGAUCGGCAGCUCUGCCGGCGGCGGCAGCGGCGGUAUCAGUGGCGGUAUCAGUGGCGGUAUCAACGCCGCCGAUCCGCGAAAGGCGAACAAACCGAGCUCAGCGCUCUUGGAGGCGAAACGUCGAGCACGGAACAUGCUCAAGAACCAGAGCAACGUCAUGCAGGAGUGCGUCACGGAUAUAUUCCAGAAUGCUGUCAACUGCAAGGGGCUGGUGCGGAAACCCACGGCCCUGAUCUACGAUGAGUCCAUGAGCCAGCACUGCUGUCUGUGGGACAAGCAGCACUACGAGUGCCCCGAGCGCUUCACACGCGUCCUAGAGCGCUGCCGCGAGCUGAAUCUGGCGGAGCGCUGCUUGGAGUUGCCCUCGCGAUCGGCCACCAGGGAGGAGAUCCUGCGCCUGCACACGGAGGAGCACUUCGAUCGCCUGAAGCAGACCUCUGGGAUUCGCGAUGACGAGCGCAUGGAGGACCUGAGCUCGCGCUACGACUCGAUUUACAUUCAUCCGUCCACUUUCGAGCUUUCCCUGCUGGCCACCGGCUCCACCAUCGAGUUGGUGGACCAUCUGAUUGCUGGAAAGGCCCAGAAUGGCAUGGCCAUCAUCCGGCCGCCGGGCCACCAUGCCAUGAAGGCCGAGUUCAAUGGAUACUGCUUCUUCAACAACGUGGCCCUGGCCGCCCGGCACGCCCUGGACGUCCACAAGCUGCAGCGCAUCCUGAUCAUUGACUACGACGUCCAUCAUGGCCAGGGAACGCAGCGGUUCUUCUACAACGAUCCCAGGGUGGUCUACUUCUCCAUCCACCGCUUCGAGCACGGCAGCUUCUGGCCGCACCUGCACGAGUCGGAUUACAGCGCCAUUGGAGCGGGAGCGGGCACGGGAUACAACUUCAAUGUGCCCCUAAAUGCGACGGGAAUGACGAAUGGCGACUACCUGGCCAUCUUCCAGCAGCUGCUGCUGCCGGUGGCCCUCGAGUUCCAGCCGGAGUUGAUUAUCGUCUCGGCUGGCUACGAUGCGGCCCUGGGAUGUCCGGAGGGCGAGAUGGAGGUGACGCCGGCCUGCUAUCCGCAUCUGCUCAACCCGCUGCUGCGACUGGCCGACUCCCGGGUGGCCGUCGUCUUGGAGGGCGGCUACUGCCUGGACUCCCUGGCCGAGGGAGCGGCCCUCACGCUGCGCUCCCUGCUCGGUGAUCCCUGCCCCCCGCUGGUCGAGGCCCUGGCUCUGCCGCGUGCCGAACUCACCCAGGCUCUGCUCAGCUGCAUCGCCGUCCAUCGGCCGCACUGGCGUUGCCUGCAGCUCCAGAAAACCUACGAUUCCGCCGAGCUGCUGGCCCAGGAGAAGGGGCAGGAUCUGCACAAGGUGCUGCGCCUUUGGAUCGGUGGACCACCGCCUGUGGAUCGCUAUCCGACAAGGGAUACGGCGAUUCCACUGCCACCGGAAAAGGUCGCCACGAACACGGCCCGUCUGCAGGUGCUGCGCACUGAGACCAAGCUAUCGAUGCCCUCGGUGAGGGUUUGCUAUGCCUACGAUGCCCAGAUGCUGCUGCACUGCAACCUCCACGAUCCCGGCCAUCCGGAGCAGCCUUCGCGCGUCCAGCACAUCCACAAGAUGCACGAUGAGUAUGCCUUGCUGUCGAGGAUGAAGCAACUGGCCGCCAGAGCGGCCACCACGGAUGAAGUGUGCCUGGCCCACACGCGAGCGCAUGUCAACUCGGUGCGUCGAUUGAUGGGACGCGAUCCGGAGGAUCUGCAUCAGGUGGCGGCGGGCUACAAUUCGGUGUACCUGCAUCCGCGCACCUUCGACUGCGCCACCUUGGCCGCCGGAUCCGUGCUGCAGGCGGUGGACAGUGUCCUGCGUGGCGAAUCCCGCAGUGGCAUCUGCAAUGUCCGUCCCCCAGGUCAUCAUGCCGAGCAGGAUCAGCCGCACGGCUUCUGCAUCUUCAACAACGUGGCCAUUGCAGCGCAAUAUGCCAUUCGGGACUUUGGUCUGGAGCGUGUGCUGAUCGUGGAUUGGGAUGUUCAUCACGGCAAUGGGACGCAGCACAUCUUCGAGUCGAACCCCAAGGUGCUGUACAUCAGUUUGCAUCGCUAUGAGCACGGCGCCUUCUUCCCCAAGGGUCCCGACGGCAACUUCGAUGUGGUGGGCAAGGGCGCCGGUAGGGGCUUCAAUGUGAACAUACCCUGGAACAAGAAGGGCAUGGGUGACCUGGAGUACGCGCUGGCCUUCCAGCAACUGAUCAUGCCCAUUGCGUACGAGUUCAAUCCCCAACUGGUGUUGGUGUCUGCCGGCUUCGAUGCGGCCAUCGGAGAUCCGCUGGGCGGCUGCAAGGUGACGCCCGAGGGCUACGGCAUGCUCACCCACUGGCUGUCGGCUCUGGCCGGCGGCAGAAUUAUCGUUUGCCUGGAGGGUGGCUACAAUGUGAACUCCAUAUCGUACGCCAUGACGAUGUGCACCAAGACGCUGCUCGGUGAUCCUGUGCCGACGCCCCAACUGGGAGCGGCUGCGCUGCAGAAGCCACCGACGGUGGCCUAUCAGAGCUGUGUGGAAUCGCUGCAAUCGUGCCUGCAGGUGCAACGUGGCCACUGGCGGUCCCUGGAGUUCGUCGGCCGGCGGCUGCCACGCGAUCCCGUUUUGGGCGAGAACAACAACGAGGAUUUUCUUACCGCCUCCUUGCGACAGUUGAAUAUAUCAAAUGACGAUGCUCCGGGGGCGGUGGGCGGACCCGCCGGCGAUCAGCCCGACUGCGGCGAUGAGCGGCCCAGCGGCAGCAAGCCCAAAGUAAAGGUAAAAACGCUCACCGAGUAUUUGGCGGAGAACAAGGAGGCCCUCGAGCAGAAUGAGAUGUUCGCCGUGUAUCCGCUCAAGACGUGUCCGCACUUGAGUCUUCUGCGACCGGAGGAGGCGCCGCAGUCAAUAAACAGUGGAGCGGCCUGCAGCGUGUGCGGAUCGACGGGGGAGAACUGGGUGUGCCUGAGCUGCCGGCUGGUGGGCUGCGGUCGCUACGUGAACGGGGACAUGGAGCUGCAUGCGGUGGAGGCACAGCAUCCGCUGGCCAUGAGCAUGGCUGACCUGUCCGUGUGGUGCUACGUGUGCUCCUCGUACGUGGACCAUCCCUGCCUGUACGCCUACCUCAAUCCGCUGCAUGUGGACAAGUUCCAGGAGCCGAUGGCCUGGACACACGCCUGUCCAAAGCGCGAGGAUGGCCGCUAUCCGUUGGGGGCCGACGGGCGGGAUGAGGAGGAGGAGGAUGAUGAUGAUGUCGCCGGGAGCAGCAUCUGCUUUCGGCUGGAGCGACAGAACAACUGACCCUUGGCCAUCCGCGUGCUGGACGCCCUCACGGACUACAUGUGCACGCUCUGCCCGCCGCUCAGACACCUGAUCCAGUUCCUGGCCGAGCACCUCUGGCCGCUGCUGGAACGCAUUUACCUUAACCUGCUGCAUUACUUCCUGGCCCACUGAGCCACCCCCCAACCCCAUCCCAGAUCCUCAAACCUGCAUCCUGCAUCCCAUUUGCCCUAAAUAAAAACACAUUAAACAUAAAAUUGUUGAUUCGGGAGCAGUCGGCCAGCCAACCAUUGGUGAUCCUAAUCCUGGCAACUAGCUCCCUCAAGUUUAUACAAAUAAAAAUUGUUAAUGUUAUCAACUAAUGAUCUAAUAAAGACUUCGAGUGUUUUCGAG